AUGAUGUCAAGAGGAAAAAGACUUGUCUCUUUAGUGAUUAAAAAUAAUGAAAUUGAUACUGAUAUUUCAAGCACCAUAGAGUUUCCUGAUCAUGCCAAUACUUUUAUUGAAUCCUUGCCAUCCUGUUCUAAUUAUCGAGAAAAAAAAUAUAUGGAUGACGAUGUUGAAAAGGAAUUAGAGAGUUUAUUUGGCGACGUUUCGGAUACUGACGAUCCAACUUACCGCUUGCCGGAAUACUCCCAUCAGCUCGAAAACGAAGAUUCUAAUGGACUUGUUACAUUAAAAGAUUUACUUGGAAAUAAAGAAAAUGAAAGUGUUCAGUAUUUUGAUAUUCAAGAAAUACAGAACAAUAUUAAAAUUAUUGAGCAAAAUAAAGUCCAAUAUCACGAAUCAAUGGUCGUAGUUGAAGAGAUUUUGACUGAGCUGUUCAAAAAAUCUUGGUUACUUAUUGAACCGUCGAAGAGGUGGCGAAAAUCGAAUCCAAACAACUGGGCUCGUAAUGUGGCUAAAAAGAGACGAGCAGAUGGUCUGCCUUACCAAAUCAAAGCGAAAUCCAGGCCUGCUAAGAAACGAAACGAUCUAAACUGUUUUGAUGCGAAAGAUCGUAGAGGAGCACAUGAGCCGGUCAAUAAAACGAAACCUGACAUUAUUCAAGGGAUAAGAAAACAUAUUGAGUCAUUUCCAUGUAUGGCUGCCCAUUACAGUAAAAAAGAUACUCAACGCAAAUAUUUAGAUAAAAAUCUUAAUAUUCGAAAGAUGCAUUUAUUAUACAGAGAUGAAUGUUUAAAAAAUGGUUCUGAGCCAGCUUCAGAAAUAACCUAUCGCAGAAUCUUCUCAAAGGAAUAUAAUCUUAGUUUUUUCGUACCCAGGAAAGAUCAAUGCUUAGUUUGCACUAAUUAUGCUCAAGCUGAAACAGAGAAGAAAAGAGAACUUGAAGAUGCUUAUAAUGCUCACCAAGAAAGGAAGAAAAUUUGCAAUAGAGAAAAAGAGAAGGAUAAAGUCAGAUCAAACACUGAUGAACAUUUUAGUUCUGUAACAUUUGACUUGCAAUCAGUACUCCAAAUACCCUCCUGCGAUGUAGGACUGCUCUAUUACUCUAGAAAGUUGUGCGUAUACAACCUCACGAUCUACGAGGCUGCUUUACCCAAUAACGCUUAUUGUUUUUCAUGGUCAGAAGUAAACGGACGGAAGGGUAGCUCUGAAAUUGGUAGUAUACUGUUACACUACUUCUCAAACUGUGUCCCUGAAAAUAUCAAAGAAAUAAGCUUAUUUUCAGACACUUGUGGCGGGCAAAACCGUAAUCAAUAUGUAUCUGCUUUACUUCUUUGGGCAGUGCAAAAAAUUAACAAUCUUAGAGUUAUAGAGCAAAAGUUUCUGGAAUCGGGGCAUACACAAAUGGAAGCAGAUUCUAUGCAUAGUAGCAUAGAAUCUGCUAAGAAAAAUAACUCUGUUUUUUCUAUGAUGGAUUGGAUUUCUAUUUUCAAGCGUGCUAGACGUAGGCAAACCAUAAAAGUUGAUGGGAAAAUAAUAAUAAGAGAACCAUACCGAGUAAAAGAAUUUAAAUUUGACGAGUUCUUCGACCUAAAGCACCUUGCAAAUACUCUCAUGAAAAAUAGAACAAAAGAUGAUAAAGGAAAACAGGUUCAGUGGCUGAAGAUAAAGCGUAUAAGAUACGUAAAAGGACAAGACAGAAAAAUUUUUUUCAACUAUGACAUGAGCGACAAUUUUAAUUUUAUAGAGAUUCAAGAAAAAUCAACGUCUUCCACAUUCCAAAGUGGACUUAAUCACGCGUAUUCUACGCGAAACAAGAAGCGGUCUACUGAAAAUUAUUUAGCAGCUGUUAAUCUUCAAUUUCCAGACCAAUUAAAUCGCCUCUAUCAAGAACAGCUGGAAAUAAGCGAAGCCAAAAAGAAAGAUCUAAUUUCUCUUUGUAACAAACUAAUCAUACCUGAGGAGCUUCACGGUUGGUUUAUAAGCUUAAAAACAAGCAAACAGAUUGUUGACAAAUUACCUGAACCAGCAGUUGAUGAAGUUGAAAGUGGUGAAGAUGAA